GGGGUUUCCUGUCGAAAUCAGUUUGUUCUCUUCCUCGACUUUCUCUCUUCCUCCUCCAAUCUCGAUCAAUCGACUUUCUCUCUCGAUUCUGUCUCGAUCUUUGUCGGCGAUCCAAUCGCGAUCACUCCAUCUUCUCUGUCUGGAUUCAAAGACGAUUCUGAUUUGUUUCACCCAUAAAAACGAUUCAAAGACGAUCCAGUUUGUUUAUGGUUUUGUUCUUCACCUCUCCGCUUUUUUUUUCACUGAGCCGGUGUACCAUGAAUGGGGGUUCUGGAGAAGAUUCGGUUACCAGUACAUUCACGGCUCGUUGGAAGUACUACUUCAUAUGGUCGAUCUCAGAGGCUUCCAUCAUCAUCUCCGGUUUGGGUUUCAGUGGCUGGACCGACGAGAACACUCAAACAAAGGCGAAAUGGGACCGUGCAAAGAACGUUGAUAUACUAGGUGUUGAGCUUGCUAAGAGUGCAGUUCAGAUUCCUCUUGUGUGGAACAUACAAGUCAGCACUUGGCUCCGUCACUAUGUGUAUGAAAGAAUUGUGAAGCCUGGGAAGACAGCUGGUUUCUUCCCGUUGCUAGCUACUCAAACCGUUAGUGCCAUGUGGCAUGGACUGUAUCCUGGCUACAUUAUAUUCUUUGUUCAAUCAGCAUUGAUGAUCGAUGGUUCAAAAGUCAAGGAAGUGAAAGGGGGCUGGCACCUCAUGUAUAAUAUUUUAUACAAAUGUGUUGAGAAGCCCAAAUAUAAAGUGGACCGAGUACUUUCUAGGCUACGCAGAUAGUGGGCUAAACAACUGGACGUGGCAGGGGUCGUUUAAGGCUGGAGAAAAACGGCAGGCAAGGUGGAGGUGGCAGUUGGAGAGAGAGGAUUGUGCCAACGUCAGGAAAGGGAAAGAACUUGAUCAAAGAAAACAGUCCUUAGAUUUGAAAAAAGUUAAAACAUUUCAAUCACGCCCCAAGAUGUUGGGGCCUACCACUUCCUUUUUGUCGCUUCCUGUCGGUCCAUCUCUAAUUCUUCUUCGAAUAUAUGUUAAACCAAUUUGUUUUUUCCCUUUAAAUUAUGCUACAUAAACAAAAUUUUGCUGUCUAUUUCUGUAAUUAAUUUUAGAUUAUUUUCUCUAA